CACCCGAGGGUUACCACCCCUCUAUGACAUUCAAUAUACAGUUAAGAUGAGAGAGGGGGAUACUCGGGCACCACUCAUACUGGGUGUUGUCCUAACCUUACUGCUGCUGACUUUCAGCGUUGUACUUCUACGUGUGUACACUCGAGCUAUGCUCCUGAAGCAAUUCGGUACCGACGAUAUUUGGGCUGUAUUGUCUAUGGCUUCGAUUGCUUCAUGUGCAUUUAGCAUACUGCUAGGCAUUAAAUAUGGAUUUGGUAGACAUGAAGUGUUCUUGACGGAAGAGGAAUCCAGGAAUUAUUUCAAGGUGUUCUACGUUAGCAUCAUUCUUUACCUCGUAUCCCUGGGCGCGAUUAAAACAACGCUCCUCUGUCAAUACUACCGCGCAUUCGCCAUAAACAAGAUGAGGACGGUUCUCUUGGUCGCUAUAAUAUUCGUUUCGGCCUGGAGCAUUUCUCAGAUUCUCCUCAGCAUCUUUAUUUGCACCCCAAUUGCUGCUUUCUGGGAUAGAGCUAUCGAAGGCAAAUGCAUCCCGAGAAACCCAGCGUGGUACAUCACUGCAGCUGGGAACAUCGCGACGGAUAUAAUGAUUAUAGUACUUCCCUUCCCCGUGGUGAUAAAACUGAAUCUGGCUCGUCGGCAGCGGUUUGUCCUGCUUGGGGUUUUCUGCGUGGGCUUUCUUACUUGUGCUAUCUCGAUAAUUCGAAUGGGUUAUCUGGAUAUCAAAGAAGAUCUCACCUGGGUAAACGUCGGAUCAGCGUGUUGGUCGUUCACUGAACUUUGUUGCGGAUUAUUAUGCGCCUGCGUCCCGACGCUACGACCUUUCGUUUCACGGUACUUUCCGUCAAUGUCCAGCUAUGAUCGCUCGAGAAAGACAUACGCUACCAACCAGCCACCCGAGCCGCACACUUCCAAUCGUUACCAUGAUAUCGAACUACAAAACGGACGCCAUAUACAGGAAGAUUUGCUUCAAGACGAUAGCCAAUCUACGAGAAUACUGUGCGUGUCUGAGUUCACGGUGACGGAGACAAGGGAAUUGGCGAAUACAAAGCAUGGGGAGAGGGAAAGCGAUGAUGAGGUUUUAUUGGUGUCUCAUGUGUUUGUCGAACCUCGGCCUAUUGAGAAAGCGAGAACCAGGCCAGGCAGGUUGCCAGCUACAGAUUAGGUGUACGCAGUGUCAAAAGGACGAUCUGAGCUUCCCUCAAUACAUGAUGAUAAAUAUGUAUAGUAAUAUGCCUACUCCUAUAUUACAGAGCCGCUCGCUGCAUAAUAUCC